AUGUUGUACACUAAUGUAACAACGAUAAAAAACUUUUUUAUCACUGGAUUUCCAGGUCUUGUGCCAAAGUAUUAUGGCCCCAUUUCAGCUACACUUUUCCUGCUUUAUUUGGCUAUAGCAGCUGGAAACAUUUUUAUUUUAGUCUUUGUUAGAUAUGAAAGGUCUCUUCACAAACCCUCAUAUGUCAUCUUUUGCCACUUGGCACUAAGUGACGUAAUGUUUGGAACAGUAACGCUACCAAAGACAAUAUCUUUAUAUUGGUUUAAUGACAGAAUUGUAUCAUUUUACAGUUGUUUUGCCCAAAUGUACUUUGUUCACUUUUUAGGAGCAACUCAUUCUUUCAUUCUGAUGGUGAUGGCGCUGGAUCGCUUCAUUGCAAUUUGUUCUCCUCUGCGCUACAAUUCACUGUUCACAAAUACGACUGUUUCUGCGCUUUGUGGAAUAUCAUGGUUUAUGCCGAUUUCGUGGAUGUUUGGCGUAGUUUUUGAUGCUUUGAGUCUACCUUUUUGUAAUUCAAAUAUCAUUGUUCACUGCUACUGUGACCAUUUAUCAAUAAUUAACCUUGGAUGUGAGAAUAUACGAAGUUCAACAGUUCUGGGAUUGAGUCUUGCCAUGUUCAGCUUGUUGAUACCUCUGGGAUUUAUUGUUCUGUCCUAUUUUAUAAUCAUCUUUUCUGUUUUGAAAAUAUCGUCCUCUAAAGGACGCAUUAGGGCUUGGUCGACUUGCACACCUCAGCUAAUGAUCAUCUGCCUUUAUUAUCUGCCAAGGUGCUUUGUUUACUUGGCUAACUUUGUAGGAUACACGUUCAAUGCUUCAGUUCGAAUUGUUGUUGUAAUGCUGUAUAGUCUUCUACCUGCUCUUGUCAACCCGAUAAUAUACUGCUUCAAAACAAAGGACAUCAAAGAAAGCUUAAAAAUGAAGCUUUUUACCAAAUGAACUAAUAUAGCAACAAAGGCUGGUUAAAUUUUAACAGAAGAAGACAGCAGAACAAAGACUUUUUACAGAUGUAGCUGGGAGACUG